GUACCCAGACGUCCGUACUUUGGGUGACGCUUGUAUAACCGGAAAUGACGCCAUCUAUUCGUGGACGCGGCUUGUGGACAGAGGAGAAGCUACUUUAGCUUAGCCAUCUUUUAAUUGCUGAAAACUUAAACGCACAGAAUUUCCACCAUUGCUGUGAUGACUUGACCAAAUCCUGCAAAAGGAGUUAAACGGUAUUUUCUAGGCGACGUAGCAGUCAGCAAGUCACCGACCGUAGGAACAAUGUCCAGCCGUCUGGCCUUCCAGACCCAGCUGGCCUCCAUCAUGGAGGUCCUCGCUAAUGCAGCAGUGGCGGAGAUCUGUAAGCUGGUCGACGACGACUAUGCGGUGGUGAGUUUACAAAUGUCUCAGUGUCAGAGAGAGAACAAAGCCCUGAAGAGGAAGCUGCAUCUGCUGGAGCUGAAGAUGGCCCGGGGAAACGCCGAAAGGAGGCUCCGAGAGAGCGCCAUGAACAGCAGCCGACCGAGGGUACAGAUCAACGCCACCGACAGGCUGCGAGAGUCCACCGAGGGCACAUUUGAGCAACAGAUGGAUGUGGCUCUGUGGUCUGGCAGAGAUGCUGCAGGGGACGCAAAUAGCAAGCUGAUCCACUCUGACAGCAUCCAGAGUAAGUCUCCAGAUGUGGAACUGGUGGAGCCAGAGGCAGUGAUGGUGAAGGAGGAGAAGGUGGAGGCAAACAUGUCACGAGUUGAAGAAGCCGAGGAAAACGUGCCGCUUAUAGGAGAUGAUGGAGUGGUCGAGUGUGUCCCUUGUGGAGCUGCAGGACAGAGACCCAGCAUUGAACAGCAGGACACCCAGUCCACUUCCUGCCAGUCGCAGACCCAGUCCCAGAUCCAGAUCCAGAGCAGCAGGACGAGGCGUACUGGCGGCGGCAGCAGCAGAGGAGCGGAGAAGGAGGAGGAGCCAGACGUGGUGCUGGUGAAGGUGGAGGAGAUGGAGCCGGGGAUGGAGACUCAGAGCCAGACAGGCCUCAGCAUACAGGAGGGGUUGGUGGAGUCGAGCACCGAUGACUACAGAGCAGUCCUGCCAUUUGAUGAAAACACACAAAUCUCUACCAAUCAGCUGUCUGACCUGCAGGAGUCUGGUCGGGGCUUCUCAGAGUCUGCAGCAUGCCAGUCAACCCCCGUGACAUCACAAGACCCCAGCAGUAUAGUGGCAGUCCAGCUGACAGUACCAGACACCAACACGCCAGCCAGCCCCAACGCACAACAACAGCAGAGAUGCAGUAACAACAACCCUCUCACCUCUGAAUACUCUCUGUUUGAACUGGAGACAUUCUUCACCCGCUGGGCCCCUGAUAAUGACUCUGUGUCAGCCUCCUCAGCCUCCGGUGGCCCUUCAUGUUCCUUCACCACUGAUGACUCAGCAGAGUGUGACCAGGAUGGUGUUAUUAUUGUAGAGACUGAACGACAACCUCAACGUGUGCUUCAGCCACCGCAAGCUUCAGUUUCCUCAGCAAUGAGGAUGAGUGGAGGGCAGACUUUUUCCUCUGCAUCCAGCCGUUCCAGAGUUUACAAACAGCCGUCGGUGUCACAAGCAGGGAGUUCUGCAUCCAUACCUUUGAGGAUGCUGCCUCCAUCUUCCCAGUCUCCAUGGAACAGAACAACAGCCAUGAUAAGAAGUGCACAGGCUCAGCUGCUGCAGCAGCAUCGCAACAGCAACAGGAUCUCUCAGCAACAACUCAGUAUUCCCUCUGCACAGACCACACUGUCCUCCACAACAUCUGCAGUCAGCAACACAGACAGUACUGAUAAAACAAGUAUCUCUGGAAUCAGCUCAACCAGUAGGACUAUGAGCUCCACAACCGCCCCACAGUCAGCUUUAUCUGUCAGAGGAACUACACCACCAUUGUCCAGCAUUGAGGUGGCCAUCACUGCACAACAAGCCAGCCUUCUGGCUCGCCACAAUAAAAGCCAGGCUGCAGGCAUUGUGCCCAGUGAGCGCCGCAGGAAGAGCUACGUAUGCCGUGCCUGUGGUAAGGCUUUCUCUGGGUUGUCUAAUCUGGAGGCCCACGAGAGAGUCCACACAGGGGAGAAACCCUUCUGCUGUGACACCUGUGGGAAACGCUUCUCAGAGGCUGGAAAUCUGAAGAAGCACCAGAGAGUUCACACCGGGGAGAAACCCUUUAGCUGUGACCAGUGUGGGAAGAGGUUUGCUUGGAUUUGCAAUCUGAGGACACACCAGCAGUCGGCCACAGGAUGUGCACCACAGGCCAGGGGAGGGUUAGGUCUAGGCUGAUCAAACAGAGUAGACUGUAGGUGACAGGACUGUUGUAGCUUUUAGAAUCUUAUUCACACACACACACACACACACACACACACACAGUGCCAUUUUGUGAUCCUUAAAUAGUGGUACAGCAGCAAUACAAAGUGUGAUACCAUAUUUACAUAUUCCGUCUUUUGUACUUUCAAGUUGUUUUGUGCCUAUGAUGAAAUGCCGUAGCUAUUAAAUUUCAGUUAAAGGACCAAAUCCGUGUUUUUCAUGCUUUAGCUGAUUUGCUGCAAAUCGUAUAUACUUUUCAUUACUACCAACUGUUUACCAAAGUAGGUUAUGCUGUUUUGGACAUGUUGUUUCAGGCAGUCACUGCUGAAUGCAGAUUGAUUUGAAAGUCAGCACUACAAUAUAAUGCAACACUAAGCCAAUCAACAACAAAAUCUGACAUGAUAUUCACUGUGAUCUGCUAGACGUCAGAGAAAGCGUGUUAAAAAUCCCAAAAAAGACAAUGGUAUGUUUUGGGAAACUGUUGAUAGUAAUGUCAUUUAUACUUGACUUGGAUGGGAUAAAUUGUUGCAUGGUCUUCCUCUAGCUUGUGCGUAUAUCAUCCCAGCUGGAAAGAGAUGACAUUAGUUUGAUAAAAUUUACUCUCACUGCACAUUUUUAGAUAACAUAGGUAAUACGUCUGUUCAGGGAGUUUUUGCAGAUUGUUAAAUGGAAAGACCAUUGAUGCAAUUGAAAAUAGGUUCUGAUUUCAUUUUGAUGUGUUUUCAUCAUUGUAAUAAUACAUAUUAAUAAUUUUGAGACUUAAGUACAAUUACUGUAAGAAAAAAUGACAUCUAGUUGUUACAGUUCUCUACAUAGAUUCAGCAUUACUUAUUCAUGCCCUUCCAUAUCAAAACAAAAGAUUCCAGAAAGUUGCUGCUGGGGUUUAUGGAAAAUGCUGACUUUUUAGAAACACCAGCACUAAUAAUUCCACGGGCAUGAAAGUCAUUACGCUGUUUUUAACAGUAGUUACACUAUGUGGUCACAAAUUAUCCAACAGUGAUGAAUUGAUGUCUUCAAGGUGCUACUUCUAGAUGAUAUUUUGUCCACAUCUUUUGCUGUCUUUAUGUGUCCCACUGCACCACAUUCCUCAAGUAUGGGAACCACUGGUUGAGUUGAUUUUGUACUGUGAACAUGUUAAAUAUAUUUUGUUACUAUGUCCAAUAAACAUUUAUG